AAUGGUGUCACCUACCGCGUGCCCGCCCUGCUCUACCUGCCCUGCGUGACCAAGCUGCUGGCUUUCGCUGAGGAGCGGCUGAGCGCCGACGAUGCCCAUGCCAACCUACUGGUGCUGCGCCGCGGCACCGUCUACGGGAGCUACGUGGAGUGGGAAGACAUGCGCGUGCUGGAGACGGCAACACUGCGGCACCACCGGUCGAUGAACCCCUGUCCGCUCUACGACGAGUUCACCGGCACCCUCUUCCUCUUCUUCAUCACGGUGCUGGGCAGGACCCCUGAAGCCUACCAGAUUGUCACGGGCCAAAAUGUCACCCGCCUCUAAAGCCCCCGCCUCUGCUGCGUCACCAGCACCGACCAGGGCUUGAGCUGGAGCACGGCCACAGACCUGACCCAGCAGGUCAUCGGCAGGGCCAUCAAAGACUGGGCAACGUUUGCGCUGGGCCCUGGGCACGGGAUCCAGCUGCGGUCAGGCCGACUGCUGGUGCCCGCCUACAGCUACCACAUCGACUGCAAGGAGUGCUUCGGGCAGCUCUGCAAGACCACCCCCCACUCCUUUGCCUUCUACAGCGACGACCACGGCCGGGGCUGGCGCUUUGGCGAGUUCAUUCCCAACCUGCAGACGGGUGAGUGCCAGCUGGUCUCGGUGGACGAGGAGGACGGCUCCAAUGUCCUCUACUGCAACGCCCGCAGCCCCUUGGGCUUCAGGGUGCAGGCGCUGAGCACGGAUGACGGGGCCGUCUUCCAUGGGGGGCAUCCGGGGGGGCAGCGGGUCCAGCGUCUGGUCGAGCCCCCUCACGGCUGUCACGGCAGUGUCAUUGGCUUCCCUGCACCUUUCGUCUAUGUCCCCACCACCCCCCGGGACUCUGGGAUGUCUCUCCAGGGCUCAGCACGCCGGCGGCUACCUGAGAUUCUCCCAGGGUUCCGGUACCUGCCCGCCCAGCCAGCCGCGAGGGAUAAGCUGCCCACCGUGGCCACCAGCAGCCACCCCAAGCCAGCCGAGCCCAAGGAGGGCUGUCUUUCCCCAGGACAUCUCAGCCAUGCUGGCGGUGUCACCUCAGUCCCAGGGAACCCCGCAGUGACCCCCAACCCUGCUGCCUUCUUUCAAGCUCCAACAUGGGUCCUCUACUCCCACCCCACCAGCUCCAUGUCAAGAGUCAACAUGGGGGUCCACCUGAGCACCUUCCCCAGGGACGUGGAGAGCUGGACCGAGCCCUGGGUCAUCUACGAGGGCCCAAGCGCUUACUCGGACCUGGCUUACAUGGAGCUGCCCUACAAUGAGACCUCCAUCACGGGUGGCCCAGCCAUCGCUUUUGCCUGCCUCUACGAGAAUGGGACACGGUCGCCCUAUGAGCAGAUCUCUUUCAGCAUGUUCACUCUGCACGAUGUGCUCCAGAACAUCCCCCUGACAGCCACUGCUCCCCGGCAGGACAGGGACCCCCCGCACCAGGGGAAGCGGGAGCGAAGGAGCUGCCUUGUGUCCUAG